AUGCUUGCAAAAAUAAUUGUACUGUUAUUACUACAUAUAGCUAUUGGUCAUGGUGAAGAAAAGCCAUUUCUGGAUUUGAAGAAAGUAAUUCGGGGAGCUCUUGAUGUUGUAGCAGCAGUACCAACAUCACCAUCAGCAAAUUAUGAUUUUGGUGAUGUAUCAAAAUCGAAUGCUCCAAAUGGUAUUCAUGGAAUUGAUCCGAUUAUUCGUGAAAGACUUUCAAGAAUUUUUCAUAUUCCACCGGAUUUUGUCCAUCGAUUAGCAGCCCAAGUUGGCUUUAUUGAUUAUGAACCAACAACAGUGAAACCAUUUCCGAAUUAUCGAUUCAAGCCUAAAUCACAUACAUCACAUGGCAAUCAAGAAUAUAAUACAGGAUCUGCUUUUAUUCAGGAAGAUCCAACAACUAUAUUUAAUACAGCUAAUGAUUUAUCAUCAAUCAUUCAACAGCAAGGUAAUUUUGUUAACACUUCACAAAUCAUUACAAAUCAUGCUAUAACCGAACAGCAAGCUGAUAUUUUACAAUCUGAGCAAGCUAUCAUUUUUCAACCUGUAAUCAAAGAUGGUCAUUUAUAUUAUCAACCAUUUGGUGUUUUACCACAAGGUGGCCAACCAAAAAUGAUUAUUUAUGGUGGACGAUUAUACAUGGCUACACCAUUACAAAACGAAAAACAUGCUCAAGAAAGAACAAUGGGAGAUAUGAUUGGACAGUAUUCAAGUGAUGUAAUUGAUAAGAAGGAAAAUGAUCAUAAAUUAUCAAAUGAACCAAAUGAAGAAAUGCAUUAUCGUCAUAUUUAUGCGCAACAUAUGAAAGCUGCCGAAGAUGCAAAAAUUCAAGCUGCUAAACUUCAACAGGUCAUCGCACCGGAUGCUUCAUCGACCGGAAUUCUUGGAAUUGAAAGUAAAGCAAGGACAUCAUCACCUUACCGUAAAGGGUACAAAAAAGAACUUGAAAGAUACGAUAAACUUCAUCAAUUCAAUUUACAGAAGAAACCGCAAGAAGUUAAUGCUAACUUUGCACAAGAAAAUAUGGCUGGAAAAGGUCAAAAACGUGCAGUGACCAAUUUUCGAGUGACAACACCAAUUACUUCAUCAUUUAAUCAGCUUGCUGAUGAGAUCGAAAAUUCAGAUUCACCAUCCUACCAACCAUCAUUCAAUCAAAAUUUUAAACAAUCUGAAGAAAUCGAUAACAUUGCAACUGAUAGUGCAAUUGAAGAGCAAACAACAACAACUAUCCGACAGAGUGAUAAGCAUCAAAAUGGAAUAUUUUCACCGAAAAAAGUUAAAGAAAAUGAAAAUACUGAAUUUAUGAGUACCAAUCAAUCAAUGCGACGAAUUUUGGCAUUAAGACGUAAAAUGGCCGCUGAUAGGAAACGAUUCGCGGAACGGAAACGAUUACUUUCAUCAAUGAAACGAAAAAUUAAUAAGGAUGAUGAUAUGAACAAAGAAAUAUUUCGACGUCAUUGUUACAACAUUCGAUCAUUGGCACAACAAUUUGGUUUCAUGGACAUCAAGCAAUAUGUAUUAUCCAAUUGUAUGUUUAUCGAAAAUAAUUAUCCAGAAUUUAAAUGUGAUGAAGCUGACGUUUCGGUGGAUGAAUGUGAGAGAUUAUUUCGAGUAUCUAAUUUUAAUUAA